AUGAGAGAGUAAGCAAUAGAACUAAAAUAAUAAGGUUGAGAUAAGAGACAAUGUCACGCAGGAGUAUUGUCUAACGGUGGUGACACACACACUUCUACAGUCACUCUAAGUUAUAAACAGAAUAUUUCAAAGAAAGUACAGUCUGUGCCAAAAUUGAAACCAGUUUACUUCCAAGAUAUUCUGACAUAGGCGUCAAAAGCAGAUAGCGACAACCAGAGACUGUUUUCCAGGUAGAGAAAUUAGUCACGGACUCGCCCCGCCAAAACAAGACACUUCUUUUUCAGCACAAGAACGACAAAACUAGCCACCGCCAAAACAAGACUGAUUUUUAGUGCUAGGAUGGAUGUGUCUGACUUUGACGGUGGUGUAUCUUGACAUCGCCCCGCUCCUACCCUCCACUCAAUCCAAAUGUCACUCAGGCACCUUCUACCCCAACACACAAGUCACUCACCCACCACCCCACCCACAAGUCAGCCUUCAUUCUUAGUGCUCAGGCUGGUCACAACUUUUCUUAGUUCUUCAGCUUGUUCACUUGUCAUAUUGACAGUGAUCGUGGCUAGUCCUAGGACAUAGUAUUUCCAGACGCACUUCACAUAUAAUUUAGAUUUCCAUAUUAUAUAUGUUUCUCUGGCAUUUUCGGCCGGUAAAAUGGAUUCAAGACAUACGGUGAAGGGAAAGAAGAAGUUGGUUCUUUCAGCCAGGAGAAUGAAAAGGCGGCUACCACCAGAAUUUCAUGCUAACAGACGUAGAAGGAUUGAAGAACAAACCUUAUCGCUCGAAGCGCCUUCAUCUUCCCAGGCUGACAGUGUUUCAGCAGAUGCCAUUUCUGUAUCCACUGAGAACUUUCAACCCAGUGCAACGUCAACUCCUAAAGGAAAGAAGAGAAGACCACACAACAGAAAAGUACCAGUGCAUUUGAUGAAAUGGAGAUUACAGCAAAAGAUAUCUAAAGGAGAAGAAAAAUCAGGGCCAUCAACAUCUUCUUCCACCUUAUAGUCAAAUCUAAAAAAAAGCGUCCUUGAUGGCACCUCUGAUUUUGCUACAAUUGUGCCACCAUUCCCCUCAAUUGGUCUACAACCAGCUUUGAACCAUGAGAUUGAUACCACCUCAAUGCGAAAUAGUGGAGUUUCUUACGUGGAGAGUAACGUCUGUGAUACUUUACUAACAAGGUAUGUCAUCAUCUCAACUUACAACUAAUUUCAUAUAUACGAAUAUGGUGUUCUCUAUACUUCCUAACAAGUAGAAUGUAUUUUGGUCACUGGUCCACUUUUUUCUAUAUUCUAUUGUUUUUUUCAACUGUUAUAUAAAGCUUUGUUGGAUCAACCCACAUUAUUACUCAUUGAGAAAUAUGAUUUUGGACUAGUAUUGUCUUGCAAGAGAAGAUUCACAAUAAGAUCAAUUUUAUUAGAAGUUGAAUGAUUCAGCUAGGUUGUGUUGAAGGCGUUUGUAGAUGCUAAACAAGAACGAGAAUAAUUUUUCAUAGUUAAUAUUUGAUACUUUUAGUAAGAUAAA